AUGGCCAUCGCAGAGGAUCCCGCCACCAUUCUCGAACAGUUCAUUCAUGAUGUCGCAAAUCUACCGGCAGAGAUAACACAUCUCUACGAAGAGGUGCAGGCCAAAGACCAGCAGAUCAACGAGUGUCGCAGCAUCAUCAACGCGCGUGAUAGCAGUCUUCAGAAGUUCAUCAAGCUUAACGGUAGUCUCGUUCAGAAUCCAAAAGAAGAGCCGUAUGCAAAGAUCAUUCAGCAAAACUUCGACAAAGCCCAGGUUUUACAGGAAGAGAAAAUCGCGCUAGUGGAAAAGGCCUGCUCAUUGAUGGACAGGCACGUUAAACGACUAGAUAUAAAACUGCGCGACCUGCAAAAUGAUGGGUCCAUCCCAACAGACCCCCGCAUGCCAUCAUUGCUUCGUGAGUCCGAGGGCAACCUGGUGGCACCAGCGUCGGUCACCAACACAGGCGCUAAUACGCCACUUCAUCCACUAUCUGGAAACACUAGUGGCGGUUCUGCCAACCUCCAUCAAGCUACGGUUGUUGCCAGACUUAACAGUGCGAUCAAUGCAAGUGCUAGGAUGAACCCUUCGUCAUUACAGACGAUGCAGACUCAAGCCCUCCUCAACCAGCAGAGACUCACUAACGCGCAGAGCGCAAUACAGGCCACAGCGCGACAAGAGCGCGAGAUGUCAGCGGGCAGCGACAGCAAACGGCGCCGCCUCAAUGCUAGUUUGGGCUCACUUCCACAGCCUUCCUCACAGCUUGCCCGGUCCUCAUCAAUGGGGCCCGGGACGCCGAAGCCCUCGACGCCAGGAUCACGUGCGGGGAGUGUUGGGCCGAAGCCGCAGAAAAAUGCUCUGACGGUGAAGAAGGCCAAGCCGCAGCAGCCGCUCCGGAAGCAGGCGAUAGCUGCCAAGUCUGGUAUGAAGAACCCCAAACGCCAUAGGAAGGGUGGCUCUAGGGCCUCCCCUUCCACGACGGCAGACGACGAGAGUUUACAGAGCGAAGCAGGGACAGAGGACGAGGAGAUGUCGGGCGCCGGCGGCGGAGACCAAGAGGAAGACGAGUCCGACGACACCAAAUACUGCUUCUGCCAGCGCGUCAGCUUCGGCGACAUGGUGGCCUGCGACAACGACAACUGCCAGUUCCAGUGGUUCCAUUGGGAAUGCGUGGGUAUCAAGGAGGAACCGGUGGGCGACUGGCUGUGUCCAGAAUGCAGGAAGCAGCCUGCAAACAAGAUCAAGAGGGCGCGGUGA